AUGCUUUGGGAAGGUACUGGUCGGGCCUUUGUCGACGCCGGUGCUGACGGCGCGAGCGAUGGUUUGGACACUGUGAUGCCAGAGGUCGGAGAUCAAUCGGAGGAGCAGAGAGAGCGACAGAAGUCGUUUAAGCCAAGUGGUCAUGAUCUGGGCAAUGGAGGAGAAGAAACGGAGGAGCGGAGGGAGGAGCGGAGACUGCGGCUGGAUUCAUUGAAGCCAAGCACAGAUGUUCUUGAUAGUAUGCAUGGGAGUGACGGCGAGGAGGAAUUGAGGGAACAGUUCGAGGAUUGA